GCUCUUCAAUAGUAACCUCUGGUCAGUCAGUCAGUUGUGUCGCUUCUAUAGCUUUCAUAUUGUAAACAGAAUUAAGCGAAAGGUGAACAUGAACAAAAAUGAGACAGAAAUUUAUGAGAAGUCAGACGAAGUCAAAAUAACAUCAACGACAAAAGUCUUAUUAAUCGGAGAUGACGAAUGGACAAGUGAGCAGUCUGUUGGGAACUGUAACAUAAACACUUCUGAAGAGAACUUAAGAAAGCAUUUAUGUCAGCUCUUAACUGGCAGCCGAACAUGCAUGGACGUUGUCGAAGAUUGGAGUAAAGUGGAUAGAUUUGCAGCAGCGAGCAUUAAGGAAGGCAAUCAACCCAGGCGGUAUCAUUUCUAUAUUGUGCAUGGCAACAAUUACAAGCCAGGUGAGAUUAUUUCGGGGCCAGUAUUUGAUGGAAAGGCAAUUAUGAAGACAGUCAAAUAUCGACUAAAAGAAGAAAAUUGGAUAUCGGAAAAUGUCAUUGAAACUCCUCUCAAAACAAAGAUUGAUGGUAAAGACUAUUGCAGUUUCGAUCAAUACAUUCAACAAGUGGUUUCAGAAGCACUCGAAACAGAAUCACCAAAAAUCUUUAGGUUCCUGCAAUAUUUACAUAGAAAUUAUAAAUAAAUACU